GCGUACCAGAUGGAGCUGGCUGACAGCUGCCCUGGACACAGAACUGACCUGUACCUCCAUGGGCAGCUGUGAGUCCAAAAUGACGCCCAGGCUGCGCACCUGGUCCUUCAGGGCCACAGUUACCCCAUUCAGGACCAGGGAGUCCCCCACACCUGCCUGCCCCCUGUCCCCCUGGAACAGUAUUUCUGUCUUGUCAAAAUUCAACCUCAGUCUGUUAGCCGCCAUCCAUCCUCCAACUGCCUCCAGAAACUCACACAGGACCUUCACUGGUUCCAAUUUAAAAGAGAGGAAGAGCUGGGUGCCAUCCACAUACUGGGGAACACCCAGCGCAAACCCCCUGAUGAUCUCUCCCAGCGACUUCAUAUAGACAUUAAAAAGCAUGGGGGAGAGGACGGAGCCCUGAGGCACCCCACAAGUGAGAGCCCAGGGGUCUGAACCUUCAUCCCCCAACACCACUUUCUGGACAUGGCCCAGGAGGAAGGAGGGGAACCACUGCAUAGCAGGGCCCCCAGCUCCCCUAGAGGGUCCAGAAGGAUACCAUGGUCAAAGGUCUCCAAAGCCGCUGAGAGAUCCAGCAGAACCAGGAAACAGCGCAACCAGGGCAAUUUCAGUCCCAUGAUGAGGCCUGAAGCCCAAUUGGAAGGAUAAUGGUGGCAGAAGCUUUCCUGGUCCUGCAGCCCACAAAAGCUCCAGGCACCAGAUGUUCAUUAGCUUUGAAGGGGCCAUUGGAUAAUUGGUGGUCUUUUCUUCAAAAGACAAAUAUUUUGAAUACCUUUACAGUGACAUAUGAUGUAAAUAGCGCUUCUGUUUUCCUUAAUUCCCCAACCCACCAAGGAUUUGAGACCCUUCAGGUAUCCUCACCUGGUUUAGCCGGCCGGUUGAAGUCGUUCCUCAGAUUGCGGCCCAUUUUGCAAGCUGACAGCUUCUGGAAGCCACAGGAUUUCCUUUCCUCCCACUUUGAAGAAGCUGAUGGAGAAGACAUUCAGAAUUCUGAGGGAUGGGACACUUUAUUUCAUUAGGUAUAGACAUUAAAAUGUGUGAAAUGUGGAAUAUACUUCACUGAAUGAGCACACAUAGCUCACAUCAGCGAUCUCAAGAAGGGGAGAAACCAUUUAAAGGUAUGGAGAGUGAGAAAAGUUUCACUGAUAGUGAAAAACUUAGAACACAUCAGCGGACUCACAUGGGCAAGAAAGGAUUCCAAUGCAGGGAGUGUGGGAAGAACUUCAGUCAACAUGGACACUUAAGUUUACAUCAACGGACUCACACAGGGGAGAAGCCAUUUAAAUGUAUGGAAUAUGGAAAAAGCUUCAGUCAGAGAGGACAACUCAAUAUACAUCAACAGACUCACACAGGGGAAAAACCAUUUAAAUGUAUGGAGUGUGGAAAGUGCUUCAGUCAGAAUGGAGACCUUAAAUUACACAAGCGGAUUCACACAGGGGAGAAACCAUAUAAAUGUAUGGAGUGUGGAAAGAGCUUCAGUUUCAAUGCAAACCUUAGAAAACAUCAGCGGACUCACACAGGAGAGAAACCAUUUAAAUGCAUGGAGUGUGGAAAGAGCUUCAGUUUCAAUGCAAACCUUAGAACACAUCAGCGGACUCACACAGGAGAGAAACCAUUUAAAUGCAUGGAGUGUGGAAAGAGCUUCAGUCAGAGUGGACACCUCAAUAUACAUCAACUGACUCACACAGGGGAGAAACCAUAUAAAUGUAUGGAGUGUGGAAAGAGCUUUAGUGAUAAUGGAACCCUUAGAACACAUCAGCGGACUCACACAGGAGAGAAACCAUUUAAAUGCAUGCAGUGUGGAAAGAGCUUCAGUCAGAGUGGACACCUCAAUAUACAUCAACGGACUCACACAGGGGAGAAACCAUUUGAAUGCAUGGAAUGCGGAAAGAGCUUCGGUCAGAAUGGAGACCUUAAAUUACACCAGCGGAUUCACACAGGGGAGAAACCAUAUAAAUGUAUGGAGUGUGGAAAGAGCUUCAGUACGAGUGGACAACUCAAUAGGCAUCAACAGACUCACACAGGGGGAAAACCACUUAAAUGUAUGGAGUGUGGAAACAGCUUUAGUGAUAAUGGAACCCUUAGAACACAUCAGCGGACUCACACAGGAGAGAAACCAUUUAAAUGCAUGCAGUGUGGAAAGAGCUUCAAUCAGAGUGGACACCUCAAUGUACAUCAACGGACUCACACAGGGGAGAAACCAUUUGAAUGCAUGGAAUGCGGAAAGAGCUUCGGUCAGAAUGGAGACCUUAAAUUACACCAGCGGAUUCACACAGGGGAGAAACCAUAUAAAUGUAUGGAGUGUGGAAAGAGCUUCAGUUUAAAUGGAAACCUUAGAAUACAUCAACGGACUCAUACAGGAGAGAAACCAUAUAAAUGUAUGGAGUGUGGAAACAGCUUUAGUGAUAAUGGAAACCUUAGAACACAUCAGCGGACUCACACAGGAGAGAAACCAUUUAAAUGCAUGGAGUGUGGAAAGAGCUUCAGUCAGAGUGGACACCUCAAUAUACAUCAACGGACUCACACAGGGGAGAAACCAUAUAAAUGUAUGGAGUGUGGAAACAGCUUUAGUGAUAAUGGAAACCUUAGAACACAUCAGCGGACUCACACAGGAGAGAAACCAUUUAAAUGCAUGGAGUGUGGAAAGAGCUUCAGUCAGAGUGGGAACCUCAAUAUACAUCAACGGACUCACACAGGGGAGAAACCAUAUAAAUGUAUGGAGUGUGGAAGGAGCUUUAGUGAUAAUGGAUACCUUAGAACACAUCAACAGACACACACAGGGGAGAAACCAUAUAAAUGUAUGGAGUGUGGAAAGAGCUUCAGUUUAAAUGGAAACCUUAGAAGACAUCAACAGACUCACACAGGGGAGAAACCAUUUAAAUGCAUGGAGUGUGGAAAGAGCUUCAGUCAUAGUGGACACCUCAAUAUACACCAACGGACUCACACUGGGGAUAAACCAUUUAAAUGCAUGGAGUGCGGAAAGAGCUUCAGUCAGAAUGGAAACCUCAAUAUACAUCAACUGACUCACACAGGGGAAAAGCCAUUUGAAUGCCUGGAGUGCGGAAAGUGCUUCAGUCAGAAUGGAGACCUUAAAUUACACCAGCGGAUUCACACAGGAGAGAAACCAUUUAAAUGUAUGGAGUGCGGAAAGAGCUUCAGUAAGAGUGGAAAGCUCAAUAUACAUCAACGGACUCACACAGGGGAGAAACCAUUUGAAUGCCUGGAGUGCGGAAAGUGCUUCAGUCAGAAUGGAGAUCUGAAAUUACACCAGUGGAUUCACAUGGGGAGAAACCAUAUAAAUGUAUGGAGUGUGGAAAGAGCUUCAGUAAGAGUGGAAAGCUCAAUAUACAUCAACGGACUCACACAGGGGAGAAACCAUUUGAAUGCCUGGAGUGCGGAAAGUGCUUCAGUCAGAAUGGAGACCUUAAAUUACACCAGUGGAUUCACACAGAGGAGAAACCAUUUAAAUGCAUGGAGUGCGGAAAGAGCUUCAGGCAGAAUGGACACCUUAGAAAACAUCAGCAGACACAUGCGAGAAACUGUUUAAAUGUAUGGACUGUGGAAGGAGCUGCACUCAGAGCGGAACCCUUGAUUUCUGUCAACAAACUCACACAAAAGACAAACCGUAUAAAUAUCAGGAAAGUAGAUACAGGUUCAGUCCUAGUGGAAGUUCUAAAUCAACAGACUCAUGAACAGGAAGAACUUUAGGACUUGAAACCCUACAAACCAUCAAGAAACUCUAAGAGGAGCAGUAUAAAUGAAAAGAUUGCAAAAAGUGCUUUAUUUACAAUUGAUUGUUUAAGGAACAUCCAGGGACUCUCACAAGGAAGAACCCAUUUAGAUGUAUGGAGAACGGGACAUUUUCCUUUCAGUGUCCACUCUUUCUUCACAGCAAUGAACUCAUCAGGAAAUCAGGCUUAAACACAUGACGUGUAUUUGAAGUGCUUGUGUAUAUAUGUAAAACUGAACAGCAACGAAAUUUUGAAGGCAAUGUCAAACAAUGUGAGUAUAAUCUAAGCGGUAAAGUACCUUUUGAGAGAGAGGAUGAAUCUGGUUUGCUGGUGGUGAGUGAGGAUUAGGGCUGGGCGAUAUAUUGAUAUCUUGUCCAAUACCGGUUUCUAGACCAAAUCAUGAUAACCUUUGAAGAACAACUGAUAUGGCAAUACACCGUGAAUCACAGUGUGUGUUUCUGGGAUGUGCCUGCAAGCAGCGGCAGAAAGCUUUUCUUCGUGAAGUCCUUGCAGAUGCUGAGUUGCUGACUUCUCUCCCAGACGACAGGAAGCGACACACACACAUCCUUUGCCCUGUGUCCUUCCAGCCUCUUUCCUCCCUUGCUCCCUUCUGCCGGUGUGUCUGCCUGACUUAGAUAUCCUGUGUGCUGUAUUUUUUUUCUGCUGAAACUGGAUUUGCUCUCAGGAGCUAAGUUUUGUGCCUCUCUGGGGACCCAGUGAGAACUGUAUGCUUUGAAAGCUCAGUAAACUAUUACUGAAGAAGUC